AUGGAUACCAGUGUGGUGGGAAUGUCUGGGCACAGCCACGCCGAGCUCAUGCAAAACCAACACUGCCGGUCGGGGUUCCAUUCCCGCGAUCUCUCCGCCGUUUUCCCGAGGCCUCCCCUUGUCUCGUCCAUGGCUUCCGUACUGGAGAGCGGCGAGCACCACCAGCCCCGCCAUCCUGGCAUGGAGCACACCCUUUCCGCGCUGGGGUACGCCGGGGAGCCCCCUACCGGCUGCGGAAGCACGUACACCACGCUGAGCCCCCUCCAGCCCCUCCAGGACAAGUUUCACCACCAUCAACACCCGGCCCACCACCCGUGCCUGCCGGUCGGCAACGUGGUCGGCAGCUUCACCCUCAUGAGGGAAGACCGCGGACUGGGGGCCGGCUUCUACAACCCGUACGCCAAAGAUCUGAGCCAAAGCCUUUCCCCGCUGCCCAACGGUGGCUUGGCGGCCAUGCAUGGGUACGCCCACCUAGGCACCGCCAACAGGCAGAUCUCCUGCAACGGCUACGAGGGUCAUGCCCAUGCUCAUAUCGGGGGCGGGAGCAAUUUCUCCCGGGAAAUGUCGCCUCCGGUACCAGGCUCCGGAAUGGGGGCGUGUCUGAACAGGAUGGACAGCCCCCAAGGGCACAGCCAGCGGCACCCGUACGGCCACGGCGCACAGCGCCACGAACAGCGACGCCCCGACGCAGGAGGAGCUGGAGCCGACGUUCAUUCCGUCUCUGUCUGCAUUGCCGCUGGCGGGGUGUCGCCGCUCGCCCAGGGAGCCGGCGUAGAGGAAAUCAACACGAAGGAGGUGGCGCAGAGAAUCAUCAACGAACUCAAGCGAUACAGCAUCCCGCAGGCUAUCUUCGCAGAGAGGGUCCUCUGCCGGUCGCAGGGAACCCUCUCCGAUCUCCUGAGGAACCCCAAGCCAUGGGGAAAGCUCAAGUCCGGCCGGGAGACUUUCAAGAGGAUGUCCAAGUGGCUCCAGGAGCCGGAAUUCCAGAGAAUGGCGUCCCUGAGGCUUGAAGCGUGCAAGCGCAAGGAACAGGAACAGGGCAAGCUGGACCGGAACCAGGGACCCAAGAAACACCGACUGGUCUUCACGGACCUCCAGCGCCGCACCCUGCUGGCCAUCUUCAGAGAGAACCACCGGCCACCGAAAGACCUCCAGAUCACUAUCGCCCAGCAGCUGGGACUGGAGCUGACCACGGUCAGCAACUUCUUCAUGAACGCGCGCAGGCGCAGCCUGGAUAAGUGGCAAGACGAGGCGCGGCCGUCUUCGACCGGCUCCACCGGCUCUUCGGUCUCCUCCGCAGUCAAAGCGUGAGGGGCACGCCGCAGGUGUUGCAUCCGGAGCAGCGCAGAGCGGAGCCGAGAUCGCUGGAGGCGUCCAGCUACCCUCCCACCACGUGAUCCAAAAUCGGUACAAACUUAACUGAGCAAUCUGUUCUUUUUUUUUUUUUUGCUUGUUUUGUUUUAUGGGCUGAUGUCUCCUGGAUUCCUUUUCUGGUGCAAUAGCAUUUAAAAUAGUUAUUAUGUACUAUUCGAUUGAUUUAUUGGUACACCCCGUCUAUCAGAGAUCCGGACUCCUCUGCGUUGUUCUCGAUCCGUCCCGACUGGAAUUUAUUUUCAUGUUGGGAUCACUUUGCAGUCGCUGGCUACCAGAACACUUCAGCCGCUAAUAAUACGCACCUCAAAUCCCUUGAAAAAGUAGAUAACAUACGUUCACAAGCUUGGUAGCGUCUGCUCCCUAUAGACACAGUGUCUAUAACACAGCACACAUAAGCUAAAAAAAAAUGCUUUCUUUACUGUAUAACUGAAAUAGUGGCUGGGUUGCUUUUGGACUCAUUUCACAAAAGGUGUCCCCGAAGCCAGAUCCCGAAAAGCCGUGGAGGACCAUACCGAAAGGGUGGUCUUUUAGAGCGACGGAUGGAGACUUUAACACUGGGCUGUUCAAUGCUGGGACGGCAGCCGCGGUAAAAGGAGAGAGUCGUGUGACACUGGAGUGGCUGGACGAGGAGCUGGUCAGCACCACUGCUCAGGCAUCAUUUCCCUUCUCUGUUAUAAUCCUUAAUACUGCGCAAUGCAGUUUCAAGAUGUGUUGAUUCAGAGGUAUUGAUGGUUUUCUCUUAGUACUGAAAGCCUGGAGGCUAUUGUGUGCAUUACAAGCAAUCCAACACAACUACAACAAGCUAGUU